AUGCGCGGCCUUGCUCAGGCUGCCAUGGUGCUAGCACCGACGUUGGUGUUGGCCCAUGGACCUCAUCAUCCUCCUCCUCCUCCGCCGCCGCCACCUCCUCCCAUGGGAUUUCUCCCCUCAGCUCUCGAUGUCACACCCUCAGCCUUUGUCACAGUCAAGCUCCCCUUGAGCCAAUCCGAAUCCUAUUCUCUGACACUACGAUUCGAUGUGGAGGAAUCAGAAGAAGUCUGUGGUCCCGCCAGCAUCACCCUCAAUGGCGAACCCCUCAAGCAAGACGCCAAGGGUCGCGGUGUCGGAUCUUUCCUCGUCAACAAUGAGACCACUAUUUCAGCAGACUGGGAUUUCGAAUGUAUUGGUCCCAAAGAAUUCCCCUUCGGCCAGUCUAUGCGCUUCAAUGUCAAGGCUCUCGACGACAUGGCUCUUACAGAGGAAUCUUCCUUCUGGAUGACUUUCAAGCAGACCGCACCAGUCCGAAUCUCCGAUGUUGGAAACGCCGCCUAUGUCUGGAGUCUGUCGAUGCCUUUCAGCAAGGACAAGGAGCCCUCCUCUGGCGACAAAUCCACCUCAACAUCACCCCCCAUCUGGGAGUACCCCGACCGCGAGUUCCAGGACCCCGAGGAGGAACUUCAGGUUGAGCUUAUGGAACUGAAUGCUUUGCACAAGCAGAUUCUUCAGCUUGAGGAACUAGUGAAGGAGAGGGAGGCAUCUGUUGCUAAGAAGCUGGGCAAGCAGUAUCCUCCCCCACCACCCUCUACAAUGAAGAAGAUCAAGCAGUGUGAUGGCGUGCAGUGUGUUCUGCACACUGUUGGUGAGGAA